CCCCUCCUUCCCCCUCUCUCUCUCUCUCUCUCUCUCUCUCUCUCUCUCUCUCUAAAUUUUCAUGUCAUGCUUCACUUCUCUGUAAAUCGCUUUCUCCUUCUCUUCCUCCUCCUCGCCGCCGGCUCCGCCGCUUCGGCUGCAGAUCCGCCGCCAUCCCCUCCAUCAAACGGCUCCACAGUAUACGAACUUCUCCCCAAGUACGGCCUCCCUCCCGGCCUCCUCCCCAACACCGUCACCUCCUUCUCCCUCGCCAGUAACGGCGAAUUUGAAGUAAACCUCGCUGCGGAGUGCUACGUCAACUUCGAAUACCUGGUCUAUUACAAGCCCAAGAUCACCGGCGUAAUCCGCUAUGGCGAGAUUGACGAUCUCAAAGGCAUCCAAGUCCGCCGCUUCUUCAUCUGGUUCGAUGUCGACGCCAUUAAGGUCGAUCUCCCGCCCACCAAUUAUAUCUACUUUGAUGUUGGGCUGAUUACGAAGAAACUUAGCGUCGGGCAGUUUAAGAACGUUCAUUCAUGUCAGAAGGGGUUGUCGGAGGACUUGUUGGAACAUGACGUAGGAUUGUAUCAGCUCUCAGAAGAUGCUGGCAUGAUAAUAACAGAAUAAGGGUAACAGAGACCAAAAUCAACUCAUAUUUUGAGCUUCAGGCCUCCUGUAAUGUCUUUAAUUUGCGAUUUCGUACUAUUUUUGGGUCUAAAUGGUUAAUGAACUUCUGUUAAGCUUAGAUACUCACUAUGGUUGCAUUCAUUAGUAUUGUGAAUCUUCAUAUUUACUAUAGAAUUUGAAUAA